CUGGGUGAGUUAGAUUUUACAGCAUUCGGAUUUGGCAGCUGUGAGAUUCUGUACAAGACAUACAAUGGCAGCACCAAAGAAAGCCUGCAUCGUCGGCUCUGGUAAUUGGGGCUCGGCCAUUGCUAAGAUUGUCGGGGCCAACGCUGCCGAGAAGGACGGGUUUGACACCACGGUGAACAUGUGGGUCUUCGAGGAGAUGGUCAACGGCCGCAAGCUGACCGAGAUCAUCAACACCGACCACGAGAACGUCAAGUACCUGCCCGGACACAAGCUGCCGCCUAACGUGGUGGCCAUCCCGGACAUCGUGGACGCGGCCACAGGGGCCGACAUCCUGGUGUUCGUGAUCCCUCACCAGUUCAUCGGGAAGAUCUGUGACACCCUGAAGGGAAAGAUCAAGAAGGACGCGAUAGGGAUCUCGCUCAUCAAGGGGGUGGACGAGGGCCCCGAUGGCCUGAAGCUCAUCUCGGAGGUCAUCCGCGAGAAGCUGGGUAUCGCCGUCAGCGUGCUCAUGGGGGCCAACAUCGCUAGCGAGGUGGCGGAGGAGAAGUUCUGCGAGACGACCAUCGGCUGCAGGAACAAAGAGCAGGGAGCCCUGCUGAAGGAACUCUUCCAGACGCCCAACUUCCGCGUUACUGUGGUCGAGGAGGCAGAUGUGGUGGAGAUCUGUGGAGCUCUCAAGAACGUGGUGGCUGUGGGCGCGGGCUUCUGCGACGGCCUGGGGAUGGGUGACAACACCAAGGCGGCGGUGAUCCGGCUGGGGCUGAUGGAGAUGAUCGCCUUUGCCAGGCUCUUCUGCACCAGCAGCCAGGUGUCCUCCGCCACCUUCCUGGAGAGCUGCGGCGUGGCCGACCUCAUCACCACCUGCUACGGCGGGCGCAACCGCAAGGUGGCAGAAGCCUUUGCCAAAACGGGCAAGACGAUCGAGCAGCUCGAGAAGGAGAUGCUCAAUGGACAGAAGCUCCAGGGACCCCUGACCUCCGCAGAAGUCAACCAGAUCCUCAGUCACAAGAAUCUCCUGCACAAGUUCCCCCUGUUCAAUGCCAUCUACCAGAUCUGCUACAAGGGCCACCCUGUCACCGAGUUCAUCAGCUGCCUGCAGAACCACCCCGAGCACGUGUAGCGGUCCGCCGCCGGCUGCCUCGAGGAGAAGGGGUGGGGGGGGGGCGAGGGGAGGGUGUCUGGUCUGGAGGGGGGGAAGGGUUCAGUCUUAAAAGUUCUCAUUCUGCCAAACGCUGGGAAAGGAAGUGCGUCGACUUGUCGCAGGAAUACGGUAGCAUGGUGUCCACGCUGCCUCUCCGCUCCCAUCAUGCCACACCACGCCAAUGCCAGGCCGGCCACUCGGCUUAGGGCUCGCUGACCUGGAGCGCAGGUCGGCUCAGGAUUUUCUCCGCAGGGGAGGCGGGAAUUCCCGGCCGCCUGAGGAAAAUGAAGGGUCAGGAUUUCCACUUGGGGGGAAAACGAGUGCUAAUACCGAGGGCGUGAGUCGGCAGGCCAGCAGACCCCACGGCUGUGUACUGUCCUCUCUCGCUCAUUAACCACUUUAACUGGGAAUCGCCCUUUCUGGCAAGCGGAACUUGUAAAGUGAAGACUGUGCUUGGUGCCUUUGCCUUCCACUGGCCUGGUAGAUGUACGUGCUUCAGAAGUGCCUUAAACUGCUGUUCUGACCGAAGGCCCGUUCGUCCCGGACUGUUGUCAAACAGGGACUGUAUUUCCCUUCGGAACAUGGGGGGGGGGGGUCACUGUUGGCCCCCCCCACCCCCCACACUGUUCCUCAGUUGCCAUGGUUACUGGCCCUGCCGUAUUCCUUGCUGUUCUGGAAGAAGUGUGGUCUCUGUGUGUAGAAUGUAUUCCGAAAUCGUUUGUUUUGAAUAAAUUAUUUGCAAUCAGUCA